AUGGCGCCUCCGCCUCCGCAGAACUGGGCCAACGCGCCGCCGUACCUCUACCGCGGGGCGCAGCAGCAGCAGCAGGCGGCGCCGGCCGCGGAGGACGAAAGCGACGCCAAGCCCGGAGGAGACAGCCGGAGUUCACUGCGGAUCGGGAGACUUCUCGACUGGAUGGACGAGGACUACCUGCGCAGCUGCUUCACCUCCUCGCCCGAGCUUGUGUCAGUAGUGAUCAAACGGAACAAGGAGACUGGACGAUCAGAGGGUUUUGGUUUUCUCAACUUUGCCGACCAUGAAGCCGCCGAUCUAGUCCUCCAGAGCUACCAUGGCCAGAAGAUGCCUAAUACUGACAGAGAUUUCGCACUCAACUGGGCUUGGACUACUCCUGGGAAGCAUGCUGACCAUGUUUGUGCCAUAUACGCUGGGGAUUUGAGCCUCGAUGUCAAAGACUUCAUGUUGUACCAUUUGUUCAAGAGUCGCUAUCCAUCAGUUAAGAGUGCAAAAGUUGCAUGGGAUGAUAUUGCUGGUUGCUCAAAAGGCUAUGGAUUUGUUAUGUUUGGAGAUGUCAGUGAAUGCAGACAAGCGAUGAAUGAAAUGAACGGGGCAUACUGUUCUACUAAGCCUAUGCGUGUCAGUCCUGCUACCAACAAGGACGAUUUCCGUACACAAGAGGCUGAUUCUGAUUGCAAUUCACACAAUACGAGACUAUUUGUUGCUCGUCUUGAUCUAAGUGUGACCAAUGAGGAUCUAAAGGAAGCCUUUAGACCUUAUGGAGAGAUUACUGAUGUAAAGGUAAUAGCGGGAAAGAAGUAUGGCUUCGUCACAUAUUUGAGCAGGGCAUCAGCUGAGGAGGCUAUGAGAAUUCUGAAUGGAAGCAAGCUGGGAGAUAAAAACAUAAGGGUUAGCUGGGGUCAUUGCGUUGCUAACCAGCAGCAGGAUCAAUGGAAUGGUGAGUACCAUGGACAACCCCAAGACUCUGGUCCUGUCAUUGGUUGGUGUACUAAUGAUCCUAACAUGUACGGUUUCCACCACGGAUAUGCACAUUACCAACAGCAGCAACCACAGCAGACCAUGGUACAGUGAUAACACAUGCGCCGGGAAUAUGUCAGUCCAGGUGCGGCAGAAUUCUUGUGACAUAAACUCGAGAGGACUUUUCUCGGAACUAAACCGCCUGUGUUGCCAUGUUUCAUUCGUUGCGCGUGCAACUGUGCACCGCACUGCACCCCACACAAUUUUGUUCAGGAUGCCCGGAGCGGCAGUUUCGGCUUGUAGAUUAUUCUCUUUGCGCAAUGAUUACAACCAUUCCAAGCAGGUUCUUAGGGUUGUGCACCUGCCACACGAGUUCCUUGAGAUGCAUGGAUGUUCGUUUGGGGGAAAACACAGUUCACUCAUUUUACAGUUUUGACGUGAAAACGAAGGUAACUCAUUUUAAUUUGUUCAGAAGGAUCCUGAGUUCCUGACUAACAAGCCUCCGAACUUGUAAACUGGGGGUUGUACAAAUGCACUCUUCUUAACACUUUUGGAGCUUACAAUUGAGUAAAUAUUUAGGCUGUGAUGUGUUCACUAAA